GAGGAGGCCAAGAGAUUGCAAGACGGUGACUUCGCCAACCCUUGCAGCUUACAGGGCCAGCCGAGGCGAGGGUCUCCUACUCUCGCCCCCCCGUCACUGCGCAAAGUCACGGCACUGAGACACCACCGCCCAGACCACCUCGACCACGCACCUCCUCGCAGCCCCGCCCGCCUCGCCCAGGAGGAAAACCCACCUUGCUGUUCUCCGCCGCGCCGGGUAUUGGAUAUUUUUUGUGGCAAUCAGCGCCGUGUCCUCCGCCAGCCGCCUGCAACACGUGACGCACACACACGCUGGUACAAGUGCUGUGACUGAAGUGAUUACCCGAGGUGCCGUUACGCUGGAGAGUUAUUUACUACACGACUACCGAAACUUCUGCCUGAAUCAACUGGUGGCGGUGGUGGUGGUCGUGCUAGUGGUGGUGGUGUUGGUAGUGCCGCUGAAUGUGGCGGUGAUGACAACGCGGCUGGGAUGUUGACGCUCUCCCCGACGGCCUGGUGCAUGAAAGGCCUCGCGGCGAUCAUGGGCACCAGCUCGCAACACUUCUCGUCGCCCUAGUCGGUGACGCAACGCGACUGUACCUCAGUGUGUCAAUUGGUGCUUUCAGUGUUGAUAGUGGUGCUAUUGCUGUUGUUGUUGGUGGUGCUCGUGUGGUGGUGGUGAUUGCUAUUGUGGUGGCCGUGGUGGCGAGUACUGUAGUCAGGCGUCUUCACGCCCUGCCCACACCCCCUCUGGAGUUACCACCGCUCGACUCUUCGCCUUCAUCAUGAGCUCCGAUAUGUGCGACUUCCAAGACAUGUGGCAGGACAUCGAGACGGUGCUCCUGGGGGAUACCGAGCACGUCACCUACCACCAGGAGGCUCUCGCCCCUCCUACCACCACCUCCACAACGUCCUCCUCCUCCACGACCAUCUUUUCUCCUUCCUCCCUGCCUGAGAUGCCCUCCAUCUUGCAUCAAGCGUUGGUGGCUUCCCCUUCUCCCCGGCCGCACUCCAUCCACUACUCGUCCUCCUACUGCCCCCCUGGUGAGCACAUGAUGAGCGGCAUGGGGGGCGAUGAGAGUCAGGGCGGCUACCAUGUGCCUAGCGACGACAGGCACCACUACCGAGGCGCUUCCCCUGCCACUCCCAUGGACACCCACUACCCGGGCCAGUACGCCUCACCCUACCACUCCUACAUAGAGACUCUGGAUGUGGAGGCCCAUGUAGAAGAGGUCAGUCGGCCGCAGUAUACCGCGAGCGUGAUAGACGGACCCGCCAUGAUAGAGGCAGAAGAAGAAUUCGUGGACCUGGAUGCUCUGGUAAAGGAGGCAGCCGAAGGUCACUACUGCGGUGACCCCAACUCCGCUCCGCCACCCCGCCAGGACCCACCCCAGCAGUUCCAGUUCCCGACCCUCGAGGCGCCUGCCAAGCUGCCAUCCAUCACACUCCUGCAGCCUCGCGCCCUCACCUCCACCACGUUCAGCACCACCCUGCCGCCUGUGUCCGCCGUCAUCAACGCCCAACACCAGAUGCACCAAAACCAAACAGGGGAGGGCGUUGCUGCAACGAUUUGUGCCCCGACAGCCCACACUGCCCAGCGGCCGCCGGGCAUCCAGGGCGUAACACAGGUCACGUACACGCACGGCCAGAUGUCUCCUCCCGCCUCACCCGACAAUGAAGAGCUGCCCCCAGGCGUGCGAGUGUCGGGCUGUGUGACCCACAUGGCGGGAAGCGCGCCCCUCAACACUCAAGCAAUCGCAAACCAGACUCUACAGACUCUUGUGAAGGUCAUGACGCCACCCUCCUCCCCAAACCUAUCCGAGCUGCUCUCCACACCAGUGACCACGGCCCCUUCCUGUCAGGCGCUCACUCUUACAGACUCGGACCGCAGCAAGCAAACGAACCGUGAGCCGCCGGCACCACCCCCGCCAGAUGAACCCGAGCCCAAGGUGACAAAGAAACCCACAGGGAGGAAGAAGAUCACGGCCCACACCUGCCAACACCCGGGCUGCCACAAAACCUACACCAAGUCGUCGCAUCUAAAGGCGCACCUGCGGACCCACACGGGGGAGAAGCCGUACAUGUGCCACUGGAAGGGAUGCGGCUGGAAGUUCGCGCGGUCCGAUGAACUGACUCGACAUCUUCGCAAGCACACGGGAGACCGACCCUUCCAGUGCAGGUUAUGCGAGCGCGCCUUCUCCCGUUCUGACCACCUCAGUCUUCACAUGAAGCGGCACGUGAGUGUGUAGCCACCUGCACGCCCACACGCCCACGCUGUAUAUACUUAUUCGGUGUACAAAGGUUAGGGGGCGACACCCUGGCCUGACCCAAGUUACCAGGAGACCCCUACCACCGCCCUCCCGCUCCGCCCCGCCCCUCCCCGCCCCGCCCACACAUACGCCCAACCUUGCCCCUACCCUGCCUUGUCCCGCUCGGCUACCCAUUAUCAUUUAAGGAGACUCGGUACACUUAGCGGUGAUGACUGGGAUGGGGAAUCAAGUAUUGCACGAAAUAAAGCGAAUCAUGUCACUCCACCUGGCCUAACUACACUCACUUUGUCUCGUGUUCCCAGCCCACACUUUCCCUGCACUUUACUCAAAAACCACGCACAUCGUCAACAUCCAAUAUAACCAUAACAUAAUCCUACGUUUUCCUUCUCCUCCUCCUCCUCCUCCUCCUCCUCACUCUUCUCUUACUUUUCAUUCUUCUGUCUCCCCGAUCCAUUCCUUCUCUUCUUCACCAAACUCUUCGUUCUCCUCUCACGCCAGUUUCCACCUCCUCGCACACUAGCGCAACCACGCCGGGCACUCAGCGCGGCGUGCCUCCCCCGCUGUGUCACCAUAAACACACACACUCAAACUAAAUCAACAAAAGCAAAACUAAAGCUAAGAGCAAGUUGCCGCCGCGGUACACUGCUUGCACCACAGGUCAAGUGGAACAGCAGACAAGGUUAAUUGAAAGGGGAAGAAAAAUUUAGGUGUCCGUCAUACACACACACACACACACACACACACACACACACACACACACACACACACACUGAGAGGGCAGGUCAGAUGGGAGUAUGGGAGUAUUCACCCGAGGAUUCACGCUCUCGUCGUUCCUCGCACGCGUCGAGGAACGAACGCCCAGGGUGGGGACGAAUGUGUAAAGCUGCUGACGACCAGGGGAACUGUUGUCGGCGUUGCUUCACGGGAGCGUAGAGUCUAGAGUCUACUAUUGCAACUUAGUUUUACCGUGUAUAUUAGAAAGACACUGUUUGCUCACAGAGUGCCAUAGUAAAACAUUUAUCAGAAUAUAUUAUAUAGAGUGAACGACUUCGUGCUAUUUCCUCUCUCUUUAGUCACAUGUACAACAUAGAUUAUAAAUAAAAUCUAAAAGAUAUACAAACGUACGAGUAGAAUUACAGAGCAUAAGCCUGGACGUGACUACACUUUCAGGACUUAGUCAGCAGCUUUUUAUAUUAAGAGAAAAAUUAUAUUACCCUGAAACGAGAAAACUAGUCCGGGUGCCAUCCCUCGUGGGCCUUAUGGCGAGUGUCCCUAAGGGUUAGUUUGCUCCACGCCAAUGCCAUAUGCCUGAAGGGGAGAAAGGCUGUGGGAGGAGGAGGAGGGAGAGAAGUGGUAGAAGGAAGGGAGAGGGCCAUGACACGCACGGCCUUUCUUCUCAUUCCUUCCCUCUUUCCCAUCCCCCUUAUCGCCUCCCUUCAUCCCCCACCCCGUAAUUCCCGGAGCUACUGUUUCAUUAGGGUAAUGGACGGCCACAAGAGUGAGGACUCCCCCGGGCACUCCCACCCGAUAUGACCCCACGCGAGGCGCGGCAGACACGCCACACCCUGGCCUGCCUCGCACAUCCCCCGCACACCCUCGGUACCGCUGCCUUCCUCUCCUGUCCUCUGUAUCUCGUCUUAAUUAGGAAAUAAAAUCCACAUCCACAGGAGGAGGAGGAGGAGGAGGAAGAUAAGUAAGAGGAGGAAGAGGAAUAUCAGGAGGAGCAUCAGGCAGAUCUGAAGGAAAAACACACCAACUCGUUUAUCAAGUCCUGCACACUGACAGGAUGACCCAGGCGCCCAGUAGCUCGCGGGCUUGUGUGGGAGCGGACGGGCAUGUGCGUGCGUGCGAACGUGUGUGCGCUCAUGUGUGGGCGGUGCGGGAAAACCUGGCUAUUGGAGACGUAGGAGUAGGAGGAGAUAUUGGAGAGCAAAUAAUUAGGGGGAUUCCUCCGCGCUCUAGUUUGACUCAUUAGACUCAUAGUUCAUAAUGAUUACUAAGUGUUGUGUUGUGGUGUUCCCGCCGCCGCCGCCGCCCCCGCCUCUGCGAGGACAAGAAUGCAGGGCAGGACGGGUCUGGCGGCUCCCUCGGCGGGUGUUCCAGCGGGACACACCUGUAUGUCAGUUAAGGUGCUUGUGUUCUCGGACCGACGUGAGGUCAGAUGUAUAUAUCAUGUCCACUUUGUGUUUCUUACUUUAGAGAGAAAAGACUUAUUCCAGAUAUGUUUUCAUUCGUUUAUCGAGUGUGUGUGUGUGUGUGUGUGUGUGUGUGUGUGUGUGUGUGUGUGUGUGUGUGUGUGUGUGUGUGUGUGUGUGUUAGGGUGCGUGUGUGGUGCGUGCGUGCGUGCGUGCGUGCGUGUGUGCAUGCAUGCAUGCGAGCACGUGUGUGCGAGUGCCUGCGUGCACCACGGCGACGGACAGACUGUACGUGGAGCAAUGGACGGGGUGAGGAGCCUCGCCGCCAUCUGUAUCUCAAAUGUAGAAUUAAUUUUGACAAUAUCAAUAUCUUUUUCCUCCCCGCCCCUUGCCUUCCAUGCUUCUCCGGAAGCUGCUAGAGGCUAUGCAGGGAGUGACGGGGCGGGGAGGGGCGGGGCGGGGCAAGAUGAAGACUAGUUACCGAGGCGUCUAUAUCCAGUUGUGGAGCAAGGGUCCCGCGCCGCGGGGUCUGCGAGGCGCCAGACAUGUACCGCCUCACCAACAAGGGCUCAAAGGUCACCUGCCCAGGAGUGACACCGGACCAGACCCUCCUGGCGGGGCGCCGAGCCGAGCCACGCCCGGCCGCCUAGGGACUUCAACACCGCCUCCCCAUGACCCGGACGCCCAGCCACCCUUCCGCUGCAGCCACACAGGUGCCCAGCGUCCAUCUGCUCCCUGACGCCCUCAAGCCUCAGUGGGCGGACAUCCCCACCGGGAGCCUCACAGGGUCACGAGGUCCUACAUUCUCCCUUCACCAGGCCUCUUUGUCGCCCAUAAAGGAUACAACAACCUCUGGUAGUCCUUAAGCACAUUCAUGAGUGAAUUAGUGUUCAUUAACCCUUUGCCCCCCUAGAGGUUCUGAGGGCGGGGCAGGGGCGGUGAACCCCCUCCUCGGGCGGCAAGCCUGACAAUAAAGCCUAUCGGCCGCGGGGAGAUAGUCUGCUAGCCCGGAACACAAUAAUAACACUGACAAUAACCAGCGGCGCCUCAGCCCUGCCCCGGCCCUUGUGAUACUAGUCCUUAAUGAAGUGCAUUGUGGGUAGCGUAGUGUGUAGUGCUCGCUCGCCCUCACGUCAGUCUAAUGUUCGCUUGUAUCUCGUGCUCAUUCAUUUACUGCAGUUAAAACUGUCAAAAAUAGAAAUAUAAUCAAGAUUAAGGUUUUUAACAAUUUAUCUUCCUGCUUCGCCAUCUCCUGGAUGGCCCUGCCGGGCGGGCGGCACCGCACUGCUGCUGACGAUAAUGGUGACAAUGAUAAUGAUAAUAUGCGGGGGAGGGGUGCCUCCCUUGUAUCACUGGCACCCCUUCCCGCCUGGCCGCCUCUUGGUCCAGGACAAAAGCCACAUCGAGUCAUAAUCUAAGUAUCCUUACAAAAGAAAACAACAAUAAUGGUAGUAACGAGAGUUCAGGAGCCCAGCCGUGCCGCCCCCCGCUCGCCGGUGCCUCCCCACUCCGGUACCUGAUGACGCGGCCACCAGCACAGCAUGGAGCCCUAGCGUCUGUCUGUCUGUCUGUCUGUCUGUCUGUCUGUCCGUCUGUUUGUGUUUCCUACAUUUUAUCUGUUCGUUCUUGUCCUUCAUUCUCGGUUUAUAUUCUCAUGACGUCAUGUGUUUUAAACUUCUGUCUCGUGCAAUGAUGUCGGUUGUAACUUUAAUAAUUUAUGAAUGAGAUUUAUAUAAAUAUAAAUAUAAAUAUAUAUAUACAUAUACGUUCGUGUGUAUUCCUUGAGGUGGGGACAUGAGUGUGUGUAUGUAAGACUGUCGGUCCCCGGAGAUAUGAACGUAACCAUGUAUUUUCUCUCCCUCUCUGUGUGUGUAACAAAACAAGAUGAGGCUGAUGGUGUAGUGAGAGGCAAGAUAAGGCAAACAAUAAAAAGCUACACGAUCAGGGUAGCUGACGUGGCCAUUACUUAGAUUCUCCUUUCCCCUUCCUCGAUCCCUCUCACGCACUCCCCAAGCAAACCAAACCAACAGUACUAUUCACUCACUCAACACAAUCUUUAGAAGUUAAAUGGAGAAGAUGUCAGAUAAAGUCCCAUAAAUACACCCAACAGAUUCCAAAGUGUCUUCACAACCUGAUAAUCACAAUAAUUAGUCUUACUUUUAUGACCUGCAUCCUUUCCUCCUGCAGAAGAAAGGAGUGAGGGGAAAAGAGAGGGAGAGGGCAAGAGGGAGAAAAAAGUAACAAGAGAGAGGGAAGAGAUUUUUUUUUUUUUCCUGCUUCAUAUAACUUGUAGCCAUAACUUGACACUCGAUGCAAACCACUUGAUUGACAACAAGGCUUUUUAAGUAGUUACAUUAAUAUCUUGACUUUCUCUCUCUCUCUCUCUCUCUCUCUCUCUCUCUCUCUCUCUCUCUCUCUCUCUCUCUCAUUCAACGGUCUAUCAUGUCUACCUGGUUACUUAUCUACUUACUGACACUCACUACUUAUGAAACUAUCUAUCUAUCUAUCUAUCUAUCUAUCUUUAGCUAGUAUCUAUCCGUUUUUCUAUCUUGCUAUUCAUUAAUCAGUCUGUCUGUCUGUCUCUCUCUCUCUCUCUCUCUCUCUCUCUCUCUCUCUCUGAACACCUGUCUGUCUAUUUAUCUCAUGCUACAUAAAAGUAACCCCAUAACAUGGUCCAAAUCUCAACUACCAUUACCAUUACCACCUCGUCCUCCAUUACAAAAAUAACAAAAAUAUAAAAAAAAAGAAACAUUCGCUGUAAGAGACUCUAAUAAAAUAAUAAAAUAAUACUUGUUUAUUUUUUAUAA